AUGAAAACCUUCAGAUCCCCCAGCAACUCCAGCAAGAUCACUGGUUUCAUCCUCCUGGGCUUCCCUGGCCCCAGGGAGGAGCAGAUCCUCCUCUUCGUGCUCUUCUUCACUGUCUACCUCCUGACCCUCAUGGGCAAUGGUUCCAUCAUCUGUGCCGUGCACUGGGAUCAGAGAUUACACACCCCCAUGUACAUCCUGCUGGCCAACUUCUCCUUCCUGGAAAUCUGGUAUGUCACUUCCACAGUCCCCAACAUGUUGGCCAACUUCCUGUCUGACACCAAGGUCAUCUCCUUCUCUGGGUGCUUCCUGCAGUUCUAUUUCUUCUUCUCCUUGGGCUCUGCAGAAUGCUUCUUCCUGGCAGUGAUGGCAUUUGAUCGGUACCUUGCCAUCUGCAGGCCCCUAUACUACCCCACUCUUAUGACUGGGCAUCUAUGCAACAUCCUUGUGGCCACCUGCUGGAUACUUGGCUUCCUCUGGUUCCCAGUCCCUAUCACCAUCAUUUCCCAGAUGUCUUUCUGUGGAUCCAGGAUUAUUGACCACUUUCUGUGUGAUCCAGGUCCUCUGUUAGCCCUCACCUGUACCAGAGCCCCAGUGAUGGAAUUCCUCUGGAUGAUCCUAAGUUCUCUGCUCCUGUUUAUCCCUUUUCUUUUCAUCAUGGGGUCCUAUGCUCUGGUCCUUAGAGCUGUGUUGACAGUUCCUUCAGCAGCUGGGCGAAGAAAAGCUUUCUCCACGUGUGGGUCCCAUCUGACUGUUGUUUCACUUUUCUAUGGCUCAGUGAUGGUCAUGUACCUGAGCCCAACAUCGGAACAUGAAGCUGGAAUGCAGAAGCUUGUUACCUUGUUUUAUUCUGUAGGAACCCCAUUCAUAAAUCCUGUGAUCUAUAGCCUGAGGAACAAAGAUAUGAAGCAUGCCCUUCAGAAAUUUUUAGUAAUAUAA